GGGUAUGUCAUGAUAAACACUCGUCUGGACUAUUAGCAUUGAUCAAAAGAUCUAAGUGCAUUAUGCUUAUAUGAUUUUAUCAGUCAUUUUCCCAAGAAGGUUAUUGACAAAUCAGACCGCCGUUUACUAAAGAAUGAAAAUGGGCAUGAAGGUGAACGAUUAUAUACCGAAGGAACAAAAAUAAACGAACGACACACACUUGAAACUAUACACCCGCAAUGAUCAUUACACAUCAUCAUUAAACGUACCACUCCAGUGGUACCAGUUCUGCUUGGUCCUCCAAUACUCCAUCGCGAACGAGAAGAAACACACGAGCGUUGUUGUCGUGCAUUGUUAACUUUAUUCGUGCCAUGGAGAUCAGUCCACGAUGUUUGUGCACUAAAUCAGACAUGGUCUGAGACACUGGAAGUUCGAAAACCAUUGAUCUCUUCUAGUUCACUCAAAAUUAUAGAAAAUAUACAACUUUUGCAUGAAUGUAAGCGCAAUCAAGAUGAGUACCUUCAUCAAGUUUUUCUAGAAGCACAAAAUGACAACAGCAUUUAUCCUAUUCUGAUCCCUAACCCCUAUAAAGAAGAUCAAAAUACUGAAGAAGACGAUCCUGAACAGCUUUUGCAAAUGCUUUCCAUCGUAAAUGAGAUCAUCACAAAUACUUACUCAGCAUUGACAGUUACUCACGAACAACGCUAUGUUCAUGAUGCAUAACAAGCAAUUGAUAAUACAGAUAGAUUUGCAUUACUCAAUGGUGAGUUAAUUACUGCCAUAUUCCGAAAAUAUUUUGUUUGAUUUAGGCCGUACACGUUCUCUGGGUGAAAAUAACUAUGGUGCCAUACACGACGUCCACACAUUUGUCGUAGCUCGCGAGCAUCAUACGAUCAUGAUUAAAGAAUGGAAACGGGAUAUUGACGCCCGACGAGAUGAAACAAGAAACUAUUUAAUUUUAGGCGAAGAUACUCUGGAAAUACGAGAUGAUGAAACACAGAUUGAAAUCGUAGGUAAUGAAAUUCCAACAAGCCCAAUUAAAACGAAAGUUGCAACAGUCCCGUUUGUGACUGCAACCAAUGCGAUUUUAUUUCCUACAAAACAGGAUAUCGUCAAACAAUUUACGAUAAAUAUACAGCAAAAAAAUGCUUUUAUAAUUGUUACUAGUCACUUAGAUAGUAAACAUUAUGCUUAUACCGGUACUAUCGAUAAUCAGUUAUUAAUGUGCAUACCUGGUUGCGGUGGUACUGGAAAAUCUCAGUUGAUUCGUGCAAUUACCAAGGCUGUCUUAAACAAAACAAUGGAAAUGAGACUUACCACAAUUGUAUGCAUUGCUCAAGAUUAUAUUCAAGGAAAAACUGUAGAUGAUAUACGAUUACGUCAAGCAAUACUUGAACUACCUAACAAUAAAACAGAACAUCUUCCAGGGUAUUUACCUCUCGUACCAGGAAUGCCAGUUUUACUCACAGAAAACGUCGCUAGUGAGAUCGGACUCUCCAACGGUACACGUGGAAUCUUUCGUCAAUUUGUAUACGAGGAAUCACCAAAAGAUGUUCGAUACCAGAAUAAGAAUUUUCCACCAAAUACCAAGUUUAUAACGCAACCAAAGUAUGCUUUGGUAGAAUUUCCUGGUUGCAAACUUGAUGACAAACUUGCUCAACUGUCUUCCAAAGUAGUCUCUAUAGCUGUUAGGGAACAAACAUUUCUGUUUGACGCCAAAGAACUUCUUCCAAAAAAUGUAGCAAAAGCGGCUAAAAUAAACAAGAAAACUCUUGGUCAAAUGUAA